GCACUUCCACAAUAGAGAAGCAGGCAACAACAUCACACAGAAGAAGCUUAAGGAACCCAGGCAUCCAUCCAUCCAUCCCCAAGCUCAAGGUUCUUUCCAAGAAUACAUACCUAGGAGAUCCAAGCUCUUGGAAACUCCAGGCUUUAUCUCUUUACCUUGAACUCUUCUUUCCCCAGAAUUUUCUGUUCUUUGUCUACUAAGUCCUGGUUACUUCUGGGUUCCAGGAUUCUUGCUUUCCAGCCACAGGAGCAGAUGAAGAUGCAGAAAAGAAACAUUCUCCUCUGUUGGUUGCUACUGCAUCUCCUACUUUUGGAAGAUGGUUCCAGUGAAACCUCAACUGCCUCUGACAUAUCUACCCGCAUGGCAACCAGCUCAACAUUCAACCAAACCACCACUGUAACAUCCAAUGCUAGAUCCAGUACAACUUCUGGAGGAACCAGUUUAAUCUCCUAUAGUGUAUCCAGAGUGAGCUCCCGUGAAAACAGCACAGUUGCCAACACUGGAUCCAGUGUGAUCUCCAACACAACUUCCAACACUACUUCCACUGCAAACUCUGGUAGGGCCAAUACAAUCUCCAGGCCUAGAACCACAUUGAACUCUGAUAGGACCAGCACAACCUUCAACCCUGCAAUCAAUUUUACCUCCAAUGGGGCCAGCACAACCUCUAACAGCAUAUCCAUUACAACCUCUGUUGAGACCAAUGCAACCCCCAACACUGCUUCCACAUCAUCUUCUAGUGAGGGCAGCAGAACUUCCAACACUGUUUCUAGUGCAACCUCUGAUGAGGUCAGCACAGCUAUCAACACUGGAUCUAGAGUGACCUCCAGUGGGUCCAGCACAACCUCUAACACUGCAUCCAUUACAACCUCUGUUAAGACCAGUGCAAUCCCCAACACCACAUCCACAUUGACUUCCAGUGAGGGAAGCAUAACCCCCAAUGCAGUGUCCAGUGCAACAUCUGAUAAGGUCAGCACAGCUAUCAACACUGGAUUCAGUGUGACCUCCAGUGGGAUGAACACAACCUCCAACCCUGGAUCAAAUGCAACCUCCAAAGUCUCUACCACACCUGCUUCAUCUGGAAUACACACAACUUUCUACAGAAUUAGUACAAGUAUUACUACUCCAGUGAAUGAGGUGAAGCCCAGUGGGUCCCUGGAGCCUUGGGAAAUCUUCCUCAUCACCCUCGUCUCAAUUGUAGUGGCUGUGGGGCUCUUUGCUGGGAUCUUCUUUUGUAUGAGAAACUACCUGUCCCUGAGAAACAUCUUAGACACAGCUUUCUACUACCCCCAUGGUACCUACCGUGGCCCAAGCCCUCCAGAGAAUCAUGCAGUCUCCCACAGGCCUAGCUGGAGCCCUAACUGGUUCCGGAGGAGACCAGUAUCCCCCGUGGCCAUGGAGAUGAGUGGAAGAUAGAAUUUCCUGAGUGGCCCCUGAGCUGGAGUGCCACAUCCUUCAGGGAGGAAGCAGACCUGAGGACCCGAGACCUGAGUUUCCUCUUAUUCCUCCCUACAAGGUCCUUCCCAGCUUUAUUCGAUUCCCUGACAUCCUUAAGAAAGAUGCUAAUUGCCCUCUUUUAACUUUACCAGAAAUGGAGAAAAGGAUAAUAUAUUGCUAAUUUAACU